GCACAGACACGGUAAAGUCUAAGCAUGCAGAUAAGCUGUGUUCUGCCCACACCCAGCUCAGACACAAUACGGCUUUGGAGAGUUACAGAAGCACUGGAUCUCUGAGUAACUCCCUUCAGAAAAUCUUCACCAUGUUCCUGGCUAAAGCUUUGCUGAGUGGAGGAAGUGGUAGUGGCCGUGGAGGAAGCCUCGCACGUGGCCUUGGAGGUCUCCUCACAGGAGGCGGACAUGGAGGGAACCUUGGAGGACUUGUUGGAGGUCUUGUCAAUCUCAUAAGUGAAGCAGCAGCUCAGUAUAAUCCAGAGCCACCUCCACCUCCUCACAACCAUUUUACAAACGUUGAAGCUCAUGAGAGCGAGGAGAUUAGACAGUUCCGUCGCCUUUUUGUCCAGCUGGCUGGAGAUGAUAUGGAAGUGUCUGCUACCGAGCUAAGGGACAUCCUGAACAAAGUGCUUUCCAGACAUCAAGACCUGAAGACAGAUGGCUUCAGCUUAGACACAUGCCGUAGCAUGGUAGCAGUCAUGGACAGCGAUACAAAUGGCAAACUGGGCUUUGAAGAGUUCAAAUAUCUGUGGAACAACAUCAAGAAAUGGCAAUGCGUAUACAAGCAGUAUGAUACCAACCAGACAGGCGCUGUUGGGAGAGCUCAGCUGCCGGAGGCCUUGCGGGCUGCAGGGUUCCACCUGAACAAAGAGCUCUGCCAGGUAAUCGUGCGCAGAUAUGCCAGCGAGGACGGUAGAAUGGAUUUUAACAACUUCAUUAGCUGCUUGGUGCGGCUGGACAGCAUGUUCCGGACCUUCAAGUCCCUGGACCAAAAUGGAAGUGGGCAGAUCAAAAUAACCAUUGAAGACUGGCUGCAGCUGACCAUGUAUUCCUGAAGGCAUAGCAGAGAAGAAUAAGCUUUAUCUGAAAGAUACACAUGGAAGACUGCAAUCCUGUAUUAUCAAGCUGUAGUCUUUUCCUUAUUCUAAGGUAGAUGUAGGUAGAGGUACUUAGCUUAGCUUGAAGUGCUGUGAUUCCUCCUGUGCAUGUGUUAGUCUGCUAUUCUGGAGGGUUUGUGCAAGUUAUCAGUUGCGCAGAUGCAUAAGUCUGUCUCAGAAAACUAUCUCUACACUCUGAAAUGAGGGAAUAUGUUGAAGGAUCAAAGCUUAGUUAUUUCCUCACAUAAAGCAGGCUUGUAUUGGAAUAUAACUAUUAUUAAAAAAGCUCUAAGUAUGGUGGUGUUUUGUGAUGUUACUGUUCCAAUUUGUCAGCAUUCAGUAAGCUGAAAUAAAGCUCUGCUUGCCUGCAGGCAAGCAAACCAGUGGAGUUGAAUGGAUUCAUAAGUUGUGCAGUUAUUUCUAACAAGGGAAUAAACAUUAAAGUUGCAAUGACUGUAAUGAUCAAUGAAUUUACAUAGUCAUAUUUUACUUCCUUCCUACUUCUGCUUUUUCAUGCGUGUCUGCUGAAACAAAACCUGAGUAGAAGUGCCAGUUCUACCUGGUAGCCAGGACAAAAUUGAAGGCAUAUAAGGCUACUUUUACAACCUUUUUCUCCUUCCUACGACUCUAUUACCAUAUCUUUUCUCUCACUCUCUCCUUGAAACCUUAUUAUAGUUAUAAUGAAAACAACUUAAAAUACUACAUUUAUAUUUAGAGAAGUUUGCUGUAGUAAUGCAGUCACACAGCAGCCAGCCAGCCAAAAUCAACCUCUGGCUAUCAGACAUAACUUUGCAUCGGGGUGCAGCAUCCCACUCAAGCUAAUAACACAGUUUCAAGAUGUCAAUUUUUGAGUCAUACAACAAGAAAUAACACGAACUGUCAAAGGCCCAUUUUUCUGAAUUAAGGACUACGUAGUUGACGAUAAACAGUUCUUGCUCUGCGAAGUAACAAGGAAGAUUUCCCAGCAGGGUUGCUUUAAACGCAAGUUGGCUAGGGUGUGUGCUGCCCGAUGGGAAUGUGACACCAUGAGUGGAGCAGGCAGCAGCUGCACACAGCCUCCAUGUGUAAGAGUCCAAUGCCCCUGCUCCUCCCGAUGUCUCCAUCAGUGACUGAGAAAUACACACAAUACCUGCAAGGCAACUGGAUGCUAAUGGAGUACUGAGGUUUGGUUUUGUUUCUACAUUUCCAUAGCUUUGAUUUCUAAAUCUUACAGUUACACUCAGCAAAGUAUUUUCUAAACUGAUGAAAUCUCCUCCCUGGUAUGCUUACAACAGCUUUUUACUUGCAACUUAGGAAGAAAGUAACUUAUAACUUUUGCUUUUUUUUUUUUCCUCCUGCACUGUGUUUAAUACCAAGCCAGGUAACACAAACAGUAAAAAUAUUUGUGUUGGCUCAAACUGUGAUGAAAGAAGUCGGUUCCUUUCAAAUGACAUUCACCCUCACCCCAGGUAUUCAAUGGAAAAGUGCACAGUUAUCCACAGGGGCAUUUGGGCUCUCUGAGUAACAGAAAAGUGGGCAUUGAGAGAAAGUGUGAUGCCUCCAGGUGAGCACCACCCUACCAGGUUUGCGUCAGAAUUCCCUUUCUGACAAGCUACAACUUGCAUGUAGCAACAGGCAGUUGAAAUUUUUGAGUGAGAGCAAAAGCCUCUUAUAUAAUGAGCCUGAAUGUGAACACGAGCCAUGCAAGUGCAGUUCCUCUCCAGGUGGUCCAGUUGUGGCUUCUCUCUGGUAGCCCUGUAGCCAACUCCGGGUUUACUUAGCUAAUCAGAACAGGAAUGACCAGUGCACAUGUGCACUUGAUUUUUCCUGUUGCCUUUGUGCAAUACAAGUUUUGGGGCAGUAGUACUUCAAAUUUUACCGACUGCAUCUGUCUUGCAGAGAGCUUUUCCAGCUACGUAAAGCUAACUGGUUAUCUAGCUUUGAUCUCCUUGUGCAGCCAUAAAUGGAGACUGUUUAUGGCAGUGGAAACUUCCUUCUCUAAAGAGUAAGGUUCAUUAUAUUAUAUAAAAACUACAUCAAAACCCUAGUUACCCCACAUGCUGUAGCAAAAAUAGUAGCAGAAAACUUGUUUAAUUUAAGAAAGCAAGGACUGUUGAGGCUACACUCUUUUGGUUAUUUUAAUAACAUAAUUAAAAACAUAUAAACAUGUUCUACUUUGAUAUUUAGAGAAUUGGAGCUUAGCUCACAUUUCCUUAAAAUACGCUUGGGUGUAUAGGCUGCAAACACAGCUAGAUAUGUGUACAACAACUGUUGUAGUUGCUCUUUUGUGUUGGUGCUACAGAAACAUGGAAUGUUUUCCAGUGUUUUCAGUUUUACUUCCAUCUCUCUUCCCAGGCAACAAACCCUAUCAUUUCUCCUUAACCAAAAUGCCAGAGCAUAUGGAAGUUAGCCAGCAUCCUAGGGCUUAGUAGACCUAGUCACAACAUGAUCUUACAAGUACAGUAACUUCAUUUCAUACUCAAGCUGCUGGCGUUCUCUGUAUCAGAUUGCUCUCAGUUUUGAUUAGUGGGUUUUAACGCUUUAAGUAAAGUAACGUGAGCCUUGUUAGCUCUUGUCAUUUUUCCAUGUGCAGCCAAAGCUGUGUUAACUGACUUCAGAAGUUGUUUUUGAAUUAAUUUUAAAGUUUACUGUCCAAUUCUUUUUCUGUGAUAAAUAUUCUUAACUUUAUGUAUGUUUAUAUAUUCUAAUGCCAUCAAACAAUCCUUUGCUAAGAAUAAAGUCUAUAAAACUGUCCAAAAAUAAUAUUCCAAAGCCCUUUGGACAAGUAUUAUCUACACUUCUGCUUCAGUUGUUUUAAGAGUUUAGGUUUACAAUGUUACAUUUUAAAUCUAGGGCUAUUAUAGUUUGGAGAACUGUGACACAGCCAAAAUAUUUAAAGUGAACCUCUGCUGCACAAUGACACAACUGAUUGUUAAAUUAAAACGGCAUUUAUGAGAGAAUAUUGUCCUUUUCUGAUGAUUAAAAGCUGUCAAAAGUUGUAUCCCUUGACACGCACCAGAGUGACUUAAAACUAUUCAUAUUUUUGCUAAAAAACUAUCUUAAGAUCUAAUCUCAGUAACAGAAAUCCCUGUUUCCUAGAGCCCAAGACUUCCAAAGUACUCUACAGAGCAGCCUUAGCAUUUCUCCACUGGGGAGCUCCAUAUUCCACUAUUCAGCAGGAGAAAACCAGGAACAGAAAGGUUAAGCAUGGUAUGCUAAAGUGGGCAUUGGAAGCUGGUGGGAGAGCCAGGAAUAGAAGCGAGUUCUGGCUGUUUGCUACAGAUUUACCCAGGAGACCACCCCUCUUUCACUUGGCUGAAAAUGUUUUGUGCUGUUUGUUCUCAGACUUAGGGAGUCCA